GAUGCCGUGGAUGCCGUUCUCGUCGACCGUCGGCGUAGAUCUGCACAGCGCAUUUUUCAUCUUUUUAGUUUUCACUGGCUGCUGUUUAUCAGCUACUAUUUAGAAUCACUACGUAUUCUAAUAAACUGCUAAUUGUUGAAGAUUUUACAGUUUAUCUACCAGAAAAGUUACCUGAUACAUGACAGUCUCAGAUUACAGAAGAAAUAUUCAACACUGAAGCAGUUGAUAAACCAAAAAAAUGUGCGGCUGUGCGACUUUGCUUCGCGCCAGCAAGCCGCUACCAAAGUUAUGGCAUAAGCGUCUGUUCAGCUCUUCCACUUCUCCGCCAGGUGUUCCUGGAGUGCCAUACUCAAAACUAAGUAUUGGAGUGCCUAAAGAAAUAUGGCAGGACGAAAGGAGGAUAGCCCUGGUACCAGCCGUGGUAAAUAAGCUAGUAAAGAAAGGGUUUAGUGUUAAUAUUGAAGAAAAUGCUGGGGCUGCAGCCAACUUUCCUAAUAAAACUUUCGAGGAGGCUGGAGCCAAAGUUACCAGUCUGAAGGAUACUUAUCAAUCAAAUAUAAUAUUAAAAGUAAGACCAAUUGCUGAGAAUGAGAUACAAAAUGUACAAGAAGAAUCUACACUUAUAUCCUUCAUGUACCCAGCUCAGAAUCAAAACUUAAUACACAAACUAGCUGCUAAGAAAAUAAAUGCAUUUGCAAUGGAUUGUAUUCCUCGGAUAAGUCGAGCUCAAGUGUUCGACGCUCUCAGCUCGAUGGCGAACGUGGCGGGGUACCGCGCCGUCAUUGAGGCUGCAGCACACUUCCCAAGGUUCUUCUCGGGUCAGAUGACAGCCGCGGGGCGCGUGCCGCCGUGCCGCGUGCUAGUUGUGGGUGGCGGCGUGGCGGGUCUGGCGGCGGCGGCGCAGGCGCGCUGCAUGGGCGCCGCCGUCCGCGCCUUUGACACCCGCCCCGCCGUGCGAGAGCAGAUCGAGAGCCUUGGCGCGCAGUUCAUCACGCUCGACUUUAAGGAAGAAGGCUCUGGAGAAGGAGGAUAUGCGAAAGAGAUGAGCAAGGAGUUCUUGGACGCCGAGCGAGCGCUACUGGGGAAGGAGGCCAAGUCAUCUGAUGUCGUUAUAAGCACCGCUUUGAUUCCCGGAGAACCUGCUCCUUUGUUGAUUUUAGAGGAUGCCGUCCGCGAGAUGGCUCCAGGGAGUGUGAUAGUGGACCUGGCGGCGGAGAUGGGUGGUAAUGUGCAGACCACGGUCAAGGGCAAGAUCACCAAAGUCCACGACGUCACGCACAUCGGCCUCACCGACCUGCCCAGCCGCAUGCCCGCGCACGCGUCCACGCUCUACGCGAAUAACAUUUCCGCGUUUCUAUUGAGUAUCGGUACCAACGACCAUUUCCACAUAAACCUCGAGGACGAGGUGACCCGCGGUGCUAUAGUUCUGAAGGCGGGCGAGCUGCUGUGGCCGCCUCCACCACCCGCCGUCGCGCCCGCGCCCGCUAAGCCGACCGCCGCCGCCGUCGCUCAGCCCGAACCGCCAAACCCCUUCAAUGAGACGCUCAAGGACACGUUCUUGUAUUCCACUGGACUGGCAAGUUUGAUCGGCCUCGGUGUAGCAUCCCCGAACCCUGCCUUCACAACGAUGACAACAACUCUUGCGUUAGCAGGUGUGGUGGGCUACCACACGGUGUGGGGCGUGGUGCCAGCACUGCACUCGCCGCUGAUGUCGGUGACGAACGCCGUGUCCGGCAUCACGGCGGUCGGCGGCCUGCUGCUCAUGGGCGGCGGGUACGUGCCAGAGACGCCUGUGCAGUGGCUCGCGAGCACUGCGGCGCUCAUAUCGUUCGUGAAUGUUUUCGGCGGUUUCUUGGUCACACAAAGAAUGCUUGACAUGUUCAAAAGGCCAGGAGACCCGCCAGAAUAUGGUUACCUGUACAGCAUCCCUGCUGCGGCCUUGCUAGGAGGAUAUCUAACUACUGCAAUGCAGGGUUAUCCAGAAGUCCACCAAAUGGCGUACCUCGCAUCUUCCCUGUGCUGCGUGGGCGCGCUGGCCGGCCUAAGCUCUCAAGCCACGGCGCGGAAAGGAAACUACUUGGGAAUGAUUGGUGUGACUGGUGGUAUUGCUGCGACUCUAGGCGCUUUGACGCCUAGUGCUGAAGUUUUGGCGCAAAUGGUUGGCGUCGCCGGCAUUGGCGGUCUGCUGGGCAGCGUCAUAGCCAAGAAGAUUGAAAUCACUGACUUACCACAACUUGUGGCUGGUUUUCACAGUCUGGUAGGUCUGGCGGCGGUGCUGACGUGCGUCGCGACGUACAUGCACGACUUUCCCGCGAUGGCGCUCGACCCCACCGCGGCUACGCUCAAGACGUCGCUCUUCCUCGGUACAUACAUUGGUGGAAUUACUUUCACCGGUUCGCUGGUAGCGUACGGCAAGCUGCAGGGCGUGCUGUCAUCGGCGCCGCUGCUGCUGCCCGGUCGUCACGCGAUCAACGCGGGUCUGCUGGUGGGCUCGCUCGGCUGCGGCGCCGCGCUGCUUGCCGACCCGCACGCCGCCGGCCUCCCGCUGCUGUCAGCUGCUGCCGUGCUCAGCGGGCUACAAGGACUCACGCUCACUGCUGCUAUCGGAGGUGCGGACAUGCCGGUGGUGAUCACGGUGCUGAACAGCUACUCGGGCUGGGCGCUGUGCGCGGAGGGCUUCAUGCUCAACAACUCGCUCAUGACCAUCGUAGGCGCGCUCAUCGGCAGCUCCGGAGCUAUACUCUCAUACAUCAUGUGCAAGGCUAUGAAUCGAUCUCUACCGAACGUGAUCCUGGGCGGUUACGGUGUGACAAGCAGCGGGUCGGCGAAGCGCACGGACGCCACUCAUACCGAGAUGAACGUCGACACCGUCGCCGACCUCAUACACCACGCCUCCAGCAUCAUCAUCACGCCUGGUUAUGGACUGUGCGUAGCUAAAGCGCAAUACCCUAUCGCCGAGCUUGUAGAGAUAUUGAAGAAAAUCGGCAAGAAAGUGAGAUUCGCUAUACAUCCCGUAGCAGGUCGCAUGCCGGGACAACUUAACGUACUCCUCGCCGAGGCUGGAGUUCCUUAUGAUGAUGUGUUAGAAAUGGAAGAAAUUAAUGACGAAUUUCCAGAAACUGAUCUCGUACUUGUUAUCGGCGCGAACGACACUGUGAACAGCGCUGCAGAAGACGACCCUGAAUCUCCCAUCGCCGGCAUGCCCGUGCUCAAAGUGUGGAAGGCCAAUCAGGUGGUCGUCAUGAAAAGGUCUAUGGGUGUCGGCUACGCGGCUGUCGACAACCCAAUCUUCUACAACCCCAACACUGCCAUGUUACUGGGUGACGCCAAGAAGACCUGCGACUCGCUCCUGCAACGUGCAAAGGAAAAUAUGGCUAAUAAUAGUAAGUUAGCUUUAGCUAGCAGCGACCAUGAUCCAAGUGUUUUGUCGGCAAUUUACCGGUUUUUUAAGAAGGUAUCUAUAGUAGGUGCUGUAUACCUAGUGGGCUACAUGCAAUGGAGUGUCGCUUGGCUCAUAGGGCCCGUCAUCUUGUCUGUAUUGCGUGACCAAUGGAGGAAGGAGAGUGAAUACAGGAGAAGCCUGGCUAAAAGUGCCGCUUUGUCGUCAGAAAAAGAUGUGGUGCUCGCUAGACUCGAUGAUUUGCCUGCUUGGGUUUUCUUCCCAGACGUGGAAAGGGCGGAAUGGCUGAAUAGAAUAUUCCUACAAGUGUGGCCAAAUGUGAACCACUAUGCAAGAAGCCUACUGAAAGAUUCAAUAGAACCAGCUGUAGCGGAAAGCUUGGCCAACUACAAGUUAAAUGGCUUUAAAUUCGAGAGAAUGAUACUUGGAACUAUUGCGCCUCGCGUUGGCGGAGUAAAGGUGUACGAUAAGAACCUUUCGAGGAGUGAGAUCAUCAUGGAUAUCGACCUCUUUUACGCGGGCGAUUGCGACAUAUCGUUCGUUCUACAACGCAUACGAGGCGGCAUCAAAGACCUUCAGAUCCACGGCAUGCUCCGCGUCGUGAUGAAGCCGCUGAUCACCAAGAUGCCUUUAGUGGGGGGACUGCAGGUGUUCUUCCUCAACAAUCCGUCCAUAGACUUCAACCUCGUCGGCGCCGCCGAUAUAUUAGAUAUGCCCGGCUUUAGUGAUAUUUUACGUCGGUGCAUCGUAGAGCAAGUGGCGAAGAUGAUGGUGCUGCCCAACAAGCUGCCCAUCAAGCUGAGCGACGAGAUACCCACUGUAGAUCUGAGGAUGCCCGAACCUGAGGGUGUUCUACGUAUUCAUUUAGUACAAGCUGAGAAUCUCAUGAAGAAAGAUGUGUCUAUGAUAGGUAAGGGUAAAUCAGACCCAUACGCCAUCAUAACGGUUGGCGCGCAGCAGUGGAAGACUAAACACAUCGAUAACAACGUCAACCCGCGCUGGGAAUACUGGUGCGAGGCGCGUAUAAUACAGUCGCUGGGCCAAAUGUUGGACAUUGAAGUGUUCGACAAAGACGAGGGAAACGAUGACGACAAACUCGGAAGCUCGAGGAAAAGUCAAGUGUUCCAGUGCGAGCUCUGGGACUGGGAUCCAGGCAUGGGCAUACAAAACGAUGACUAUCUCGGCAGGUCCUGCGUGGUGCGCGAGUGCGGCUCGCUGGUGACCGUGCGCCUGUAUGAUUGGGACCGCGCGGGCAAGGACGAGGGGCUCGGCAGAUGCACUUUAGACAUUUCACAAGUGGUUAGAGCUGGAAGAAUGGACACUUGGCAAACACUGCAACAAGCCAAGCACGGCAAGGUCCAUCUUCGACUAUCGUGGCAUAGACUAUCAUCAGAUCUCGCCGACUUAGAUCAUGCACGCAGGGAAACUCAACUUAUCAAGAACGCAGAAUUGAGUUCAGCCGUGCUCUCCGUGUAUAUCGACUCCUGUAAGAACUUACCAAACGCGCGCGCCCAGUCGCGGCCGGACCCGUACCUCACUGUGACGGUGGGCAAGAAGACGGAGAACACCGCCGUGCAGCUGCGCACCGACAGCCCCGUCUACGAGAUCGGCUACUCCUUCCUCGUGCAGAACCCUGAGAUAGAUGUGCUGGAUAUCAAGGUGCUAGACCAGAAGACGGGCAGUCAGCUGGGUCAGCUAACGUACGGCAUCACGGCGCUGCUGAGACAGAACGCGCUCGCCAUGUUCAACCAGCCCAUCAGCCUGCAGAAGUCCGGCCCCGAGUCCAAGAUCAUCAUCGCCCUGCAGCUGAAAAUAUUAAAAGAGGCCAUCAAAGAGGAGGAUUACGAGGAGGAGCCUGAAGUGGAGGCCAAGCCCCUAUUCCCGCCCCUGCCGCCGCAGGAAACCACCGACGCUCCCACAGCACCGCUCGCUGAAACCACUAAGCCCAGUUCCGUGCCUGACCCGCAACAACCCCCGGAAACCCCCUCCAUCGUUGACACCACGCCCGAGAAAGAUGUUCCCGUAGAGCAAAUAAUAAAGGAAGAGGUGACUGAACAGGAGAGUCAGGUCAAACCCGACUCGCCAAAGUUGGUUCACAGAACGUCCUCUAUUACGACGUCGGCCGGUGAGGCGGGCCUUGGUAGAAUAUUAUUGUCGUUCCGGUAUAGCAUGCAGAAUCAAACGCUUUAUAUGGUUGUUCACAAAAUCAUGAAUAUACCGCUAAAGGAUCCCAACAACGUCCCCGACCCGUAUGUGAAGCUAUAUUUGCUGCCGGGCAGAUCGAAGGACUCCAAGAGGAAGACAGUGGUGGUGAAGGACAACUGCAUGCCGGAGUACGACGAGCAGUUCGAGUGGGUGAUCCCGCACGCCGAGCUGCACUCCCGCCAGGUCGAGAUCACAGUCGCCACUCACAAGGGCUUCCUCACCGGCAGCCCCGUUAUAGGACAGGUUAUAUUGCACUUAAAUCAGUAUGAUUUCCGUGAAGCUAAAACUGUAUGGUUUGAUCUCCUGCCUGAAUCGUCACCCAGAGACUAAAAUAAAUUGUUUUUGUCGCUUUUGCAUUCUCACUGUAUUACUAUUUUUGUAUAACUCUUUUAUUACUGUAUUUUUUAGUUUUAUAAAUCGAUGUGAUUGGAGUCGUUCGUAGCAUUUACAAUUAAUUUUAAGUUUAAACUAAAGAGCAAAACAAUUUCUCAAAUGUUCGAGUUAAAUAAAUCUAAACUUUUAUUUAUUGAUGUUAUCUUUUUAUAGGUAAUCAAAUUAUAUUUAAAAUAACUUUGUUGUUCUAAAUGUGCUGUUAAUGUGAUGUUUAAUAUUUUUGCUUU